AUGGCCGCCACUCAGAUAUCAAGGACUGUUAUCAAGAAAAUCCUAGCAAUCGAGACUGAAGAAGGCGCUGGAGCGAUGGUUCGGCGCUCUAUUGGAACCAUGACCCUUAGGAAUCUUACACCCUUCCUGAUGUUGGACCACUUCCAUAUCUCCAAAGGAGCUGGAUUCCCCGACCACCCCCACCGCGGCCAAGCAACCAUCACCUACAUGCUCGAGGGAUCGAGUAGACAUGAAGACUCCGCUGGACACGCCGGCUUGAUCAAGACAGGUGGUGUGCAGUGGAUGUGUGCCGUAAUUAUUCACGCCGAGAUGCCGGUAAACGAGCCUGACCAGCCCGAACCUCGUGGCCUUCAGCUCUGGGUCGACCUUCCAGCGAAGGAACCCACCUACCAAGAAUUGGAUCCUGAAAACAUUCCGAGCGCAUAUCCUGACGGCCCUGACGGCCCACAGAUCAAAGUCAUCAGCGGGAAGAGUCACGGGGUAGAAUCGCCCGUUCGUCCUCUUGGAGGCUGUUGGUACUUUCAUCUCCGGUUCAAAAAGCCUGGGACUGUUUUCCAAGCCGUCCCGAACGGCUGGACGACCUUCAUCUACACCAUCAAGGGAAGUGUCAGCAUUGGGUCAAACCCAUCAAAGCACAACGCCUACUACACUCUUGUCCUGUCGUCUAGUGAAGAUGAAACCGGGGUGAAUGUCACUGCCACAGAAGACAACACAGAACUGAUCUUGAUCGCGGGGGAGCCUCUAGACCAGGAAGUCGUUCAAUACGGUCCCUUUGUGAUGACCUCGAAAGAAGAGAUUCAAAAGACGUUUAUUGAUUAUCGAAUGGGAACGAAUGGAUUCGAGAAGGCGCAUGUCUGGAAGAGCAAGAUUGGUGGCCUAUAAUUUCAAUUUGUAUUAUUCCCCUCAUCGCUCGUCUGUAAUUUUGAGCUCCAUCUGCGAUGCAUGGGCCAGUUGGCAUAGUCAUCGUGGUUGGGGUUCAUGAUAUACAUCUCGACAG